UUCUCUAUUCUUUGCUCCCCUGCUAAACGUCUCAUCUCCACCACUCCCUCUAUCGCUCAUGAAACUUUAGCCUUCCCUCUCUCGUCGUAGUCUCUAUCUUCCAUGGCGAAAACCUUAAUUUCUUCUCCGCCGUUCAUCGGCGCACCACUCUCCUCGCUCUCUCGCCAUGGCCUUCACACGCUUCCUAACCGGAGAUUCAUGUCCACUCGAGUCAAGUUCAGUCUACACGAGAUUCCUCCAAUUGUUCAGUUAGACUCCUCCUCGAUUGAUUUCACUUCUAUUGUUACUAGAGCUGAAAGCCUCCUCUAUACACUUGCUGAUGCGGCUGUUGCAGCGGAUUCGGCCUCUGGUGGUGCUGCCUCCAGCUCAACUGAUGCUGCUGUGCAGAAGAAUGGAGGUUGGUUCGGGUUUAUCUCCGAAUCCAUGGAAUUCGUCCUUAAGGUGUUGAAGGAUGGGCUUUCUGCUGUGCAUGUACCUUAUGCUUAUGGUUUUGCAAUUAUUUUGCUCACUGUUGUUGUGAAAGUUGCUACUUUACCUUUAACCAAGCAGCAAGUGGAAUCUACAUUGGCUAUGCAAAACCUUCAACCUAAGAUAAAAGCCAUUCAACAAAGAUAUGCAGGGAAUCAGGAGAGAAUACAACUUGAGACAUCACGUCUCUAUAGGCAAGCAGGGGUUAAUCCAUUAGCAGGUUGUUUUCCAACUUUGGCUACGAUACCAGUCUGGAUUGGUCUAUAUCAAGCUCUUUCAAAUGUUGCAAAUGAGGGGCUGUUGACAGAAGGUUUUUUUUGGAUUCCGUCAUUGGGUGGGCCAACUACAAUUGCAGCUCGACAAAGUGGAUCUGGCAUUUCAUGGCUUUUUCCAUUUGUGGAUGGCCAUCCACCAUUGGGCUGGCAUGACACUGCAGCUUACCUGGUUUUGCCUGUGCUCCUUGUUGUUUCCCAAUACGUGUCGAUGGAGAUCAUGAAACCUCCCCAGACAGAUGAUCCAGCUCAAAAGAACACUCUUCUUGUUUUCAAGUUUCUUCCUCUCAUGAUCGGUUACUUUUCCUUGUCUGUGCCAUCAGGAUUAUCAAUUUACUGGUUCACAAACAAUGUCCUCAGCACAGCCCAACAGGUAUGGUUACGCAAAUUAGGUGGUGCAAAGCCUGUAGUUAAUGAAAAUGCAAGUGGAAUCAUCACUGCAGGACGUGCAAAACGAUCAGCUUCACAGCCAGCACAGGCCGGUGAUAGGUUCAGGAAGCUGAAGGACGAAGAGAAGAGGAAAAAGUUGAGCAAGGCAAUAGCAGAUGAAGAGAUGCAGACUCUGGAUUUUGCAUCUGGUUCUGAUGAGGACUCGGAUGAAGAGACGAAGGACAAGGGUGAGGAAGUUUUAGAAGGAGCAUAUGCUUCUAGUGCAAGCAAACAGGUUCCAGAUAUUUCUAGACCAAAGAGAAGCAAACGGUCAAAAAGAAAGCGUGCUGUAUAAAACAACUAUACUGAUUUGAUGAUUGUAGCUUUCGAGAAGCCACAAGCAGCAGCCAUGAUAGGAGAAGAUGGAUGAGAAUCUGCCUACUCAUUAUGGGCAUGAGAUGAUUCAUGUUAAGUGAACAGAAAAAAAAAUCUCUAUAAUGGUGGGCUUACACAAGUUUCAAGCAUAUCUUUAUGUGAUACUUGUCUGAUAAUCAUAGCAAAACUUGAAUAUAAUAUGAGAAUUGCAUGUUAAAGGUGCUUGAGAAUCCUAUGCCCGAUUUGGUAAGAUUAUUGAAUCCGGUUUUCUCCUCA